CCGCGAGUGGCCGGGGUCCGUGCAGGGGUCCGCGCCAAAGGCCGCCCGCGGCCUGGAACCGGACCCCGGCCACCACCGCCUCCGCCCAGCCUUACGGACAGCAGCUCGGAGGUGUCGGACUGCGCGUCGGAGGAGGCGCGCUUGCUGGGCCUGGAGCUGGCGCUGAGCAGCGACGCCGAGUCGGCGGCUGGGGGCCCGACGGGGGCCCGCGCAGGGCAGCCACCCCAGUCCGCGCCGCUCGCACAGCAGCCUCCGCGACCGCCCGCGUCCCCAGACGAGCCGUCGAUGGCAGCGUCGUCGGUGGGCAGUAGCCGCCUGCCGCUCAGCGCCUCUCUCGCUUUCUCCGACCUCACCGAGGAGAUGUUGGACUGCGGUCCCGGUGGCUUAGUGCGCGAGCUGGAGGAGCUACGCUCGGAGAACGACUAUCUCAAGGACGAGAUCGAGGAGCUGCGGGCAGAGAUGCUGGAGAUGCGGGAUGUCUACAUGGAGGAGGAUGUGUAUCAGCUACAGGAGCUGAGGCAGCAGCUGGACCAAGCCAGUAAAACCUGCCGCAUCCUACAGUACCGGCUGCGCAAGGCUGAGCGCCGCAGCCUCCGCGCUGCCCAGACUGGCCAGGUGGAUGGUGAGCUCAUUCGUGGCUUGGAACAGGAUGUCAAGGUCUCUAAGGACAUCUCUGUGAGGCUGCAUAAGGAGCUGGAGGUGGUGGAGAAGAAGCGGGUGCGUCUGGAGGAGGAGAACGAGGAACUCCGGCAGCGGCUCAUUGAGACUGAGCUGGCUAAACAGGUGCUGCAGACAGAGCUGGAGCGGCCGAGAGAGCAUUCUUUAAAGAAAAGAGGAACCCGCUCCUUGGGGAAGACGGACAAGAAGCCUUCCUUGCAGGAGGACAGUGCAGACCUAAAGUGCCAGCUGCACUUUGCAAAGGAGGAGUCGGCCCUCAUGUGCAAGAAGCUCACCAAGCUAGUCAAGGAGAAUGACAGCAUGAAGGAAGAGUUGCUCAAGUACCGCUCACUCUAUGGUGACCUGGAUAGUGCCCUGUCCGCCGAGGAGCUGGCCGACGCCCCGCACUCCCGUGAGACUGAGCUGAAGGUGCAUCUAAAGCUGGUGGAGGAGGAGGCCAACCUGUUGAGCCGCCGCAUUGUGGAGCUGGAGGUGGAGAACCGAGGGCUGCGGGCCGAGAUGGACGACAUGAAGGAUCAUGGUGGUGGCUGUGGGGGCCCGGAGGCACGCCUGGCAUUCUCUGUGCUGGGUGGCAGCGAGUGUGGGGAGAGCUUGGCAGAGCUGCGGCGGCACCUGCAGUUCGUGGAGGAGGAGGCAGAGCUGCUACGGCGCUCCUCGGCUGAGCUGGAGGACCAGAACAAGCUCCUGCUGAACGAGCUGGCCAAGUACCGCGCAGAGCACGAACUGGACGUGACGCUGUCAGAGGAUAGCUGCUCCGUGCUCAGUGAGCCCUCGCAGGAGGAGCUGGCAGCUGCCAAACUGCAGAUCGGCGAGCUCAGCGGCAAGGUCAAGAAGCUGCAGUAUGAGAAUCGCGUGCUCCUGUCCAACCUACAGCGCUAUGAUCUGGCCUCUUGCCAAAGCACACUGCCAAUGCUGGAAACGGACGCUGAGGCUGGAGACUCUGCCCAGUGUGUGCCCCCUCCCCUUAGCGAGGCCCACGAGCCCCACAUUGCCCGGUUCUGCAGAACUAGGGAGGCCGAGGUACUGCCUGGGCUGAGGGAACAGGCCGCCCUGGUCAGCAAGGCCAUUGAUGUCCUGGUGGCUGAGGCCAAUGGCUUCUCCACUGGCCUCCGGCUGUGUCUGGACAAUGAAUGUGCUGACUUUCGUCUGCACGAGGCGCCUGACAACAGCGAGGGCCCCAGGGACAGCAAGCUCAUCCAUGCCAUCUUGGUGCGACUGAGCAUGCUCCAGCAGGAGCUCAAUGGCUUCACUCGGAAGGCGGACACUGUCCUGGGAGGCUCUGGAAAGGAGCAGCCAGAACCCUUCCCAUCGCUGCCUGCCUUGGGAUCCCAGGGUCCCUCCAAGGAGAUUCUUCUGGCCAAAGACCUCAGCUCCGACUUCCAGCCGUCUGACUUCAGGGAUUUGCCGGAAUGGGAGCCCAGAAUCCGAGAGGCCUUCCGCACUGGCGACUUGGACUCUAAGCCUGACCCUAGCCGGAGCUUCAGGCCUUACCGAGCUGAAGACAAUGAUUCCUAUGCCUCUGAGAUCAAGGAGCUGCAGCUGGUGCUGGCCGAGGCCCAUGACAGCCUCCGGGGUCUGCAAGAGCAGCUCUCCCAGGAGCGGCAGCUGCGGAAGGAGGAGGCUGAUAACUUCAAUCAGAAAAUGGUCCAGCUGAAGGAGGACCAGCAGAGGGCACUCCUGAGGCGGGAGUUUGAGCUGCAGAGUCUGAGCCUUCAGCGGAGGUUGGAGCAGAAAUUCUGGAGCCAGGAGAAGAACAUGAUGGUGCAGGAGUCCCAGCAGUUCAAGCACAACUUUCUGCUGCUUUUCAUGAAGCUCAGGUGGUUCCUCAAGCGCUGGCGGCAGGGCAAGGUCUUGGCCAGCGAAGGAGAUGACUUCCUGGAGGUGAAUAGCAUGAAGGAGCUCUACCUGUUGAUGGAGGAAGAGGAGUUAAAUGCCCAACAUUCUGAUAACAAGACCUGCACGGGGGACAGCUGGACCCAGAACACGCCCAAUGAGUACGUCAAGACACUGGCUGAUAUGAAGGUGACACUGAAGGAGCUGUGCUGGUUGCUCCGGGAUGAGCGCCGGGGUCUGACUGAACUUCAGCAGCAGUUUGCCAAGGCCAAGGCCACGUGGGAGACAGAGCGGGCUGAGCUCAAGGGCCACAAUGCCCAGAUGGAGCUGAAAGCAGGGAAGGGGGCCGGGGAGAGGUCAGGGCCAGACUGGAAGGCAGCCCUGCAGAGGGAGCGUGAGGAGCAGCAACACCUCCUGGCUGAGUCCUACAGUGCCGUCAUGGAGCUGACACGGCAGCUGCAGAUCAGCGAGCGCAACUGGAGCCAGGAGAAGCUUCAGCUGGUGGAGCGGCUACAGGGUGAGAAGCAGCAGCUGGAGCAGCAGGUGAAGGAGCUGCAGAACCGCCUGAGCCAGUUGCAGAAGGCUGCCGACCCCUGGGUCCUAAAACACUCAGACCUGGAAAAGCAGGACAACAGCUGGGAAGAGACGCACAGUGAGAAGAUUCAUGACAAGGAGGCUGUUUCUGAAGCUGAGAUUGGUGGAACCGGCUUGAAGAGGACCAAAUCUGUUUCCUCAAUGUCUGAAUUUGAGAGUUUGCUUGACUGUUCCCCAUACCUUGCUGGUGAAGCCACCCUGGGCAAGAAACUAUCCAACAACCCUGCCUUUGCUUUUGUGAGUCCCGAGUCGGUGGACCCAGUGAAGGACAUCAAGGAAAAGCCUGGGCUUUCACAGCGGGAAUGCAGCCACCUGGGUGCGCUGGCCUGCCACAACCCCGCAGGGAGACAGAUGCAACGCAGCUACACGGCUCCUGACAAGACAGGCAUCCGCGUCUACUAUAGCCCUCCCCUUGCCCGGCGCCUGGGUGUCCCUGUGGUCCAUGAUAAGGAGGGCAAGAUCAUCAUCGAGCCUGGCUUCCUCUUCACCACAGCCAAGCCCAAAGAGUCAGCGGAGGCAGAUGGGCUGGCUGAGAGCUCAUAUGGUCGGUGGCUUUGCAACUUCUCCCGACAGCGCCUGGAUGGCAGUUCAGGUAACAACCCCUCAGUGGCCGGGCCUGGCUUUCCAGCGGCCCUGCAUGACUUUGAAAUGUCAGGCAACAUGAGCGACGACAUGAAGGAGAUCACCAACUGCGUGCGCCAAGCCAUGCGCUCAGGCUCACUGGGGAGGAAAGUAAAGAGCACGUCCAGCCAAACUGUGGGCCUGGCCAGUGUGGGCACGCAGACCAUCCGCACAGUUAGUGUAGGCCUUCAGACGGACCCACCCCGCAGCAGCCUCCAUGGCAAGAGCUGGUCACCCCGCAGUUCCUCACUUGUCUCGGUGCGCAGUAAGCAGAUCUCUUCUUCCCUGGACAAGGUCCAUUCUCGCAUCGAACGACCAUGCUGCUCACCCAAGUAUGGCUCGCCAAAGCUCCAGAGACGGUCAGUGUCCAAGCUGGACAGCACCAAGGACCGUAGCCUGUGGAACUUGCACCAAGGCAAGCAGAACGGCUCGGCCUGGGCUCGCUCCACCACCACGCGGGAUAGUCCAGUCUUGAGGAACAUUAAUGAUGGACUGUCUAGCCUCUUCAGUGUGGUAGAGCACUCGGGAAGCACAGAGUCUGUCUGGAAACUUGGCAUGUCCGAGGCCCGGGCCAAGCCCGAACCUCCCAAGUAUGGUAUUGUGCAAGAGUUCUUCCGCAGUGUGUGUGGCCGAGCACCAAGCCCCACCUCUGCAGCAGGCGAGGAGAGCACCAAGAAGCUUGAGCCCCUCUCUCCGGCCAGCUACCAUCAGCCAGAGGGCGUCACCAGGAUCCUGAACAAGAAGACAGUGAAAUCAGGCAGCAUUGAGGAGGCUAGGCCCACUGUGCUCCCCCAGCUGGGGAAGGAUGCUCUCCUCCGAGAUGGAGAUGGAGCCAUAGUCCUUCCCAAUGAGGAUGCUGUUUGUGACUGUAGCGCCCAGUCUCUCACCUCCUGUUUUGCUCGGCCGUCCCGCUCUGCCAUCCGCCACUCUCCUUCCAAGUGCAGGCUGCACCCUUCAGAGUCCGGCUGGGGUGGGGAAGAGAGGGCAGCCCCCCCCAGCGAGUGA